GUGUGGUCUAUGCUGAGACGCUCGGUUCCUCUUUUUUUUAUCAGCUCAGUGAAGAUUAACAGCACACUCCCGACUUCCUCGUCCAAGGGGCAGCUCUAUUGCAGUGCAGUACAGUAGUCAAACAGUACAUCGCGCCUCAUCUCUAAUGGCAGCUUCUGGAACGAAAUGAGGACUAUUCUAGACCAGGGGGAUCUAGUGGCAAAACGAGGACAAUCUUUUUGACGACUGGGUUCAAGCUGCGGUGGCAUCAAAGACCACCUACGGUACAUCAGGACAGCACCAUGGGUUGCGUGGGCUCCAAGAAGGACCAGGAUCGUCUGGGAAAAGGGAACAGCGACGUGCAGACAACUUCACAGACGACACACUAUGUCAAAGAUCCCACGGCGGGAAACUCCAAAGCGAACAAAAUGUCACCCAGUCCACACAACACAACAAAUGGAGACAUCAUCGCUAUAGCACUGUACGACUAUGAUGCCAUUCAUGACGGAGACCUCGGCUUCAAGAAGGGAGACAAACUUCAGAUUUUGGAGGAAUCAGGGGAGUGGUGGAGAGCCAUGUCCAUCAGCACUGGUCAGGACGGCUUCAUCCCCAGUAAUUAUGUAGCCAAAGAUACCCUGGAGGCGGAGGAGUGGUUCUUCAAGGGCAUCAGCAGGAGAGACGCGGAGAGACAGCUGCUGGCCCCCGGGAACCGAGUCGGAUCCUUCAUGAUCCGAGAAAGCGAGACCAACAAGGGGAGCUUCUCUUUGUCAGUCAGAGACAGUGAUGGCCCGUCAGGUGAUACCGUCAAACACUAUAAGAUACGUAUGCUGGACAAUGGAGGAUUCUACAUCUCUCCACGCAUCACCUUCAGCACCCUGCAGGACCUGGUCAAACAUUACAAGAAGCAGGGUGAUGGUCUCUGCCAAACGCUUACCAACCCCUGUCUGAACCCCAAACCCGAGAAGCCCUGGGAGAAAGAUGCCUGGGAAAUCCCGAGGUCGUCACUGAAGCUGGAGAAGAGGCUUGGUGCCGGACAAUUUGGAGAAGUCUGGCUUGCUACGUACAACAAGCACACCAAGGUGGCGGUGAAGACCAUGAAACCAGGAAGCAUGUCGGUGGAGGCCUUCAUGGCCGAGGCCAAUCUGAUGAAGUCUCUGCAGCAUGACAAGUUGGUCCGGCUCAACGCAGUGGUCACAAAGGAGGAGCCUAUUUUUAUCAUCACUGAGUACAUGGAGAAAGGCAGUUUAUUAGACUUCCUCAAGAGCGAUGAAGGCAGUCGCGUCCCACUUCCCAAGCUCAUUGACUUCUCCGCCCAGAUCGCAGAGGGAAUGGCCUACAUUGAGCAGAGGAACUACAUCCACCGAGACCUGCGGGCCGCCAACAUCUUGGUCAAUAAAGCUCUAGUGUGCAAAAUCGCUGACUUUGGCCUCGCCCGCAUCAUUGAAGACAACGAAUACACUGCUAGAGAAGGUGCCAGGUUUCCCAUCAAGUGGACAGCCCCUGAAGCCAUCAACUAUGGAUGCUUCACUAUCAAGUCAGACGUCUGGUCUUUUGGCAUUUUACUGACGGAGGUCAUCAGUUAUGGACGCACGCCAUACCCAGGGAUGACAAACCCAGAAGUGAUACGUUCCCUGGAGAAGGGGUACCGGAUGCAACGUCAGGACAGUUGCCCUAAGGAACUUUAUGAUAUCAUGCUGGAGUGCUGGAAGAACAAACCGGACGACCGUCCCACCUUUGAUUACCUGCAGAGUGUCCUGGAGGAUUUCUACACAGCCACAGAGAGCCAGUACCAGCAGCAACCAUGAGACUCCACUGUGUAGUUUCAUGAUAUUUUUGUACAAAAAAACUUUAUAGUAUUUUCCUAAUGCUUCCAUGCCUACAAGUGUUCUCUGUGCGUCCAUCUUUAUCCGAAGCUUGGAAGAUGUUUCUUCCAAAACAGAACCACUUUGACUCAACUACGACCACAUUUUCUUUGUGCCUUUUCUGUGUUUGACUAUAUCUUUCACACAUUUAUUAUAUGUUUUACUGUAUAUGCAUUGUAUAUAUAAGCAAGGGUAUACACAAACAAAUUCAAGGGAUUAAGAAAAUGCAUAACACACUGUUUAACUAAAUCUUUAAGUUACCAGCUUUAAUUAGAAGCAGGCGAUAAUUGGAGAGAGGCUAUUAUUUGUCAAAUUUGAAAUAAAACAACUUAAUUUUUAGUAUUUGAUCAUGAUUUGGAAUGCACGAGAAAGUUGAAAGUAAAACUCAGCUCUCUUUAACUACAUUAUCAUUUAUGAACAAGUACCGGUAUAUUGCACAACACAGCAGCAACAGAACCAAUGUUGUAAUAGCGGCAAUUAUACCUCGAAAGAGUUACAUGCCAACAUGUGCGCCAAGGUGCUGAAAUCGAUGCGCAGAGUGAAAGGUGAGAGACUAGGAAAACAGACCUGCAUGCACAUGGCUAUAUAUUGAGGCCAGCAAAAUGAUCAAGUUCAUUUUCAUUGAUUGUGUGAUUAAUUAAUUUAUUAUUGUUCCCGGCCUAGUGCCCACAAGACAUUUUUUUUCUGAACAAGAAAUCUUGUCACGUUUUAAUCUUGUGACACUCUUAAGAAUUUAAAUUUUAUUUUUUUAUAUUUUUAAAAUUACGACUUCAUUUCCAUUUGUCUGUUUAUUAUCGAAGUUUUUAUUUUAUUCGAAAGAGAGAAUCGACUACAAACAUAUACAAAGUCACUCAAUAAGAAUUAAGCGAUUAAGUUACACAUUUUAUUAAGGAAAAUCAAUAGAAAACUCCAGCCAAGUCACAAGUAUUGUACUCACAAUUUUAUUUUUAUUGUACUUUGUACUUUUAUUGUACUUUACAAGUUUUAUUUCCUGUCUUACAAAUGUUCAAUGUGGCCACCACCUGCAACAUGGGCACAUCAAUUCAAUAAGACAAUUCCUCAGAAACGUGUAUCAGCAUAUCACACAAUCCACAGAGUUGAUAGCUUUUGUUAUUUGUUGUUUAAGGUCACUGAGGUUAGUGGGUAGUGGUGGAACAUAAACGAGAUCCUUUGCAUAUUCCCACAAGAAAAAAAAUCACACAAGGUGAAAUCUGAGAAUCUCACAGGCCAAGCACAAAGAGCAAAGGUCUUGGUCCCUCUUUCGACCAACGUUGCUGGAAGAAGAAUGCAACUACAAAGCUCCUGUGGCAACCAUCUGAAACUUAGAAAACUCCUCUUUCAGAUGGUCACUGACUCAUUCCAUGAUGAUGAUUGAGACCUGACUUUAAUGCGUCAUUAAAAAUCGGUUCAUUCUUUUUUAAUAAACCUGUAUGAUGAACAUAUUAGUAUAUAUUUAAAUAAAAAUGUGCAAUUUCGGGAGAAAUUCUAUGUGAAUGGUGAUGCUAAUGCCAAACUGCAAUGCUGCAUUCACUGUCGAAUCCCGUGCUCAAACCGUGAUGAGCUGACGCCAGACUGAAAGGCUGUAGCUAGCAUGCCAACUGUUAGCAUGCCAACACCUAGCAUGAUAGUGCUAAGUGUCUAUGUAAAUUAAUAUCUGAGAAAAUGGCUAAAAUGCUAACAUUCUAAUGUAAGCAUGUUGACAAUGCUGGCAGGCUAACACC